AUGGACCAACGAACCCGGCUACAGAAGGCUUGUGACGCCUGCAGUAUCCGCAAAGUAAAGUGCGAUACAACCGGUCCCCCGUGUCGGUCGUGCGCGAGUCUGAACAUCCCCUGUACGUAUGAGAGGCCAACUCGACGUCGCGGACCACCCAAUCGCCAUGCAGAGGCCUUCAAGAAACAAAAGCUGGGGGAUCCGGCUUUCGCUGCUUCGAAUUCGCCGUCCCCCGAUUAUACUUCCCGACCCUCUCCUUCCCUAACGGGGAGCAGCAUUCCGGUCGCCUCCAGCACGCUUUCCCUGGAAUCCAUCGGCGCUUUGCCUACGAUUCGACUUCUCAUCGAUGACUAUUUUACAUAUAUUCACCCGCUGGUUCCCGUGCCUCAUGAGCCUACAUAUCGCGCUGCACUCAACCAAAGGGAAGAUCUCAACAGUCCAACCUUCCUGGCCUUGACGGCCGGCAUGAUCGGAUCGCUGGUAGCGUCCUUCCCACGAAGGCCUAAACUUCAUCUGAAGCCGGAGGAAAGAAAGGCAUACCCGCAUUCUACUGCACUGGUCAAGCGGUGUCUUGACAUUGCCGUUCAAGCGCGAGGAUCCGGAUAUCUAGACCGUCCGCCCACCGUCUAUGACGCGGCCAUUAGCUAUUUCCUCGGCCUCUGCUCAGGCUAUGUUUGGAACGUUCGGGCAUGCAGAAUGUAUUUUGCCGAGUGCAUGACCAUGAUUCACGUUUACCAUCUUUGCAGCCUGCCCAGUACGCGACUUCCAUCUAUGGACCCCACGAGUCCGGCUUCCUCGUCCUCAAUGCUAUCACACGAUACACCAAACGAUACCCCUUCUAGCAUUAUCGAGCUGGAGCUCGGGCGCCGUCUAUUCUACACGACCCUGGUCGGCUAUCGGACCCUGCAGCAAAUGGGCUCUCACGAUGCCGCAAUUCAUGUGCCCCCAGAAACCCCAACGGAACGCUACCCACCACUGCCGAUGGAGAUUGAUGAUGAAUAUAUAUUUUCUGACCACGUGGUUCAGCAACCCGCUCACACGGUCUCCCGCCUUGUAGGCUUCAACGCCAACGUUAGGGUAUACAGUUCAUAUAAUCCGAUAUCGGCCUGGGAAACCGCCUUCGGCGCAGGUCAGAUCUUCGACUGGGAGCGUCAGAGGGUCAUUAUAUACGAGUGCUUGCAGAAGAGCAAACUGGCACUGGCGAAUGUCCCAAAGGAGCUGUCCUUGUGCACAACGGAAGGGGCCAAUCUGGAUCAGGAGGAGGAUGUCAAGAUGGCGCUCGACCACUACGACUCGGAAACUCAGGGGCGUCGUCAUGUCCAAUAUGAAAUUCAAAAGGCUAAUAUAUACGCCAGUCAGCUGGCGACUCGAUCUUACUUGGUCGAGAAAUACUGGAGCCUCUACUCAGCCUGGAAAAUGUACCAUCCACAACCCCAUCUGCCCGCCCCCAUCACUUCUCCAACUGGUAACGAGGGCAGCGACUCGGCAGACCAUAUCAACAAUAUUAUGGUGGAUGAGCGACGACUUGUGAUUCGCGAUCUCUUUGUUCUCCUACAGUCUGUCAAUGAGAUCAAUAUGGAGCCCAACGGCGCAAGUGUCACUUCCAAGAUCCGCCUCAUCGCAUCUACCUUACUCAAUCUAUCAAAUCCUGCCGUUCCAGCUACACCAUCAGUAGCAGGACCUCAGUCUCUUACACGACAAGAAGCUGAAGCAUACUUGUACAGAUUCAUAGAGACUCUCGUACGCCUAGAGGGGUUGGGAACAUCGAAUCAGAAGACUCCCACUAGUCCUCAAACGCAAGGACGGGCGAUGAGCUACCUGAGUGACCAUGACCGAGACGAAGAGGAAUUACGCCAGUGGGCCAGCCUAAAGGCGUAUCAAACUAAAUUUGCCGAAGCGGGUGGCUUAUUAUCCGAGCUCUAG